CUUUUAAAACAUAUUGUGGCAAUUAAAAUGAUAACUAAGGUGACUCAGUUAAAUUCACAAUGUAAUAAUGGAAGUAGCGACCAAUCCUUUUCUUUCAUAUUGUGAUGCACAAGUGAGUAAAGCAAAAAGCAAAAGAAAUGUAGGUCUAUCCAUGUGUAUUCCAUGUAAAGUAAUCCAUGUGACAACAGUGGCUCAACCAUAAUUUUAUGAAGCUACGAGAAUACUUUUUGUGUGCAAAAAAUAAAUAAAUAAAUAAAAUUACAACUUUAUUUAACAAUUUCUUCUCUUAUGCAUCAGUCUUCAACACGCAUUCAUGAGAGUACUACGACGUAUGCAUGUGAUGCUGCUGACGCAGGAGCCAGCAUUCUUAUGUAGAACAUGGACUAUUUUAACAAUGUCCUUACUACCUUUCUGGGCCUUGAACAUGUCGGUUGCAUAUGCAGGGUCAGAAAGCUCUCGGAUUUCAUUAAAAAUAUCUUAAUUUGUGUCCUGAAGAUGAACAAAGGUUUUACAGGUUUGGAACGGCAUGAGGAAUUAAUUAUAUAAUUUUUAUUUUGGGGUGAACUAACCCUUUCUAUAAGAGAAGUAAUAAUCUCUGACUUGCGAAUGAAUCGUUCUUCGAUUGCGUUGGCACACUUGGUCAGUAAACUGGUCAUCCAGUUCAUAAAUGCAGGCUGAACGAUUUGCUCAUAUAUCAGUCGAGUCAGAUCAAAUUGAGAACCAGAUCAGUCUGAAUCAUGAAUUAAUCACCCACUGUGUUUUGUGAACUAAAUCAACUGAUUCAUUGAAAUAAAUCCAACAAAAAAGAUUUGUUCAUGAAUCGAUCAUCACUACUACUUUUGACUUUUCAGAGCUUUACAGUUCACUUUCAAUGAAAACAACAUUCUUUAGAAGAAAGGGAAAAGUCACGUUUUGAACAAGAGGCUAAGUAGCCCAAUGAUGCCAUACAUUUAAUUUGGGGGUGAACUAUCCCUUUAAUUUGAGAGGCAUUUUCUAAAAUUAUUAAUCUACUACUAAAAUAGAUGUUUAAUUGCACCGUCCAUGAACACUUAGUUUCAAAUAGUACAUAAUGGUAGCCACAAAGAUGUAUUCUACCCCUCAGACUGAAAACAAAACCCUCCCCCGUUGUGUGCACAUUCUUUGUAUGGUUGUUUUGAUCCGAGUGCAGCGAGUCAACGGGUUCACAAGUGGGCGAGGCUCAUCGGGGCUGCGCAGCGUUCAACUCUCUUUCCCCAAACCCACUGCGCUGCGUCUCACACGACGAAACGUGUUAUUCCAGCCAGAAAACUUAUAUCUUUUCUCGCAACCUUACCAAAAACUGCAGUGUUCCAGAAAUGUUGUACACUGUGUUUGUCCUCAAGUGACCCGCUGCAGAAUCUUGGAAAUGACCCAUACAGCAGAUUUGUUGUUCCUCACAGCAGUCCGCUGGUGAUACGAACAUCAGUCGAGGAGGAACUCUGGUCUGAACACAACAAGAUGAAGUGCCAGAGAGCUUGGAUUGAGAAAACCUUUUACAAAAGAGAAUGUAUCCACAUAUUUCCAGCCAAGGACCCAACGCGGUGCGCCUGUGGUUAUCUAGUGACUCAGCACACGGCCACUGCAGCAGGCGCCAACAAGCCCUCCGAAGAGAACCAGCUUGUGCAAGUGGACCCUCCUCAGGAGAAAUGGUUGGUGGUCAAACAUACCCAGAACGUCCCCACAGACGCCUAUGGUACCAUUGAAUUUCAAGGAGGAGGAUUUAUCAACAAAGCCAUGUAUAUUCGGGUGUCAUAUGAUACUAAGCCGGACAGCUUGCUGCAUCUCAUGGUGAAGGAAUGGCAACUGGAGUUGCCCACGCUGCUUAUAUCAGUUCAUGGUGGCCUCCAGAAUUUUGACCUGCAGCCCAAACUCAAGCAAGUUUUUGGGAAAGGUCUGAUCAAGGCUGCUGUGACCACCGGAGCAUGGAUCUUCACUGGUGGAGUCAGCACUGGAGUGAUCCGGCACGUUGGAGAUGCUUUGAAGGAUCACUCCUCUAAAUCCAGAGGGAAGGUGUGUGCUAUAGGCAUCGCUCCAUGGGGAAUCCUGGAGAGCAAAGAGGAUCUAAUUGGAAAAGAUGUGAACAAACCAUACCAGGCCAUCUCCAAUCCUCUGAGCAAACUUGCAGUUCUCAACAAUAGCCAUUCGCACUUCAUACUAUCUGAUAACGGCACAUGUGGGAAAUACGGGGCGGAGGUCAAACUACGCAGGCAGUUGGAGAAACACAUCUCCCUCCAGAAGAUUAACACGCGACUGGGCCAGGGUGUACCGGUGGUAUGUCUGAUUGUGGAGGGGGGUCCCAAUGUUAUCUCGAUUGUCCUGGAAAGCCUGCGUGAGGAACCACCUGUGCCUGUAGUGGUUUGUGAUGGCAGUGGUCGAGCCUCUGACAUUAUUUCCUUCGCCCACAAAUAUUCUGAGAUUGAAGGACUGGUAAACGAGGACGUAAAAGAGCAACUGCUGGUCACCAUCCAGAAAACCUUUAACUACAACAAAAUGCAGUCAGGGCAAAUUCUGCUCAUGGUCAUUGAAUGCAUGAAGAAGAGGGAGUUGAUAACAGUGUUUCGAAUGGGUGCUGAGGGACAAGAUGACAUUGAAAUGGCUAUCCUCACUGCGUUAUUGAAAGGAACAAACGCAUCAGCUCCAGAUCAGCUGAGCUUGGCUCUGGCUUGGAAUAGAGUGGAUAUAGCACGCAACCAAAUCUUUGUGUAUGGACACAAUCUACCACCUGCAAGCGCCCUCGCUGCCAUCUCCACCAGCGCAGCACCAUCUCAGGAAAAGCAGAAAGGAGCAACUCAGCGUAACAAAGGAAAGGCUAGAGGGAAAAAAGGCAAAGGAGGCAAGGCCAAACCAGAACAACCAGAGGAAACUGACCCCAGAAAGUUAGAACUACUGAACUGGGUAAACUCCCUCGAGCAGGCCAUGAUGGACGCUUUGGUUCUGGACAGAGUGGAUUUUGUCAAGCUCCUGAUAGAAAACGGUGUAAACAUUCACCAUUUUCUAACCAUCCCUCGAUUAGAGGAGUUAUACAACACUAAACUUGGUCCUGCCAACACUCUACAUAUUGUCGUGAGAGAUGUUAAAAAGGGGAAUCUCCCACCGGAUUACCAAAUCACAUUGAUCGACAUUGGACUGGUGGUGGAGUACCUGAUGGGUGGAGCCUAUCGCUGUAACUACACAAGGAAAAACUUCCGAGCUCUUUAUAACAAUCUUUAUGGACUAAAGAGGCCUAAAGCCCUAAAGCUGCUUGGAAUGGAGGAUGAUGAGCCCAGGACAAAAGGCAAGAAGAAGCAAAAGAAGAAGAAAGAAGAAGAGGAGGACAUUGAUGUGGAUGACCCAGAGGUCUGCCGCUUCCAUUAUCCCUUCCAUGAGCUGAUGGUCUGGGCAGUGCUGAUGAAAAGGCAGAAGAUGUCUCUGUUCCUGUGGCAGAGGGGCGAGGAGGGUAUGGCUAAAGCUCUGGUGGCCUGUAAGCUCCUCAAAGCCAUGGCUCAUGAGUCGUCUCAGAGUGAGAUGGUGGAUGACAUAUCCCAGGAUCUCGAUAACAACUCCAAGGAGUUUGGAACCUUGGCCUAUGAGUUGCUGGAUCAGUCCUACAAACAUGAUGAGCAGCUAGCCAUGAAACUGUUGACUUACGAGUUAAAGAACUGGAGUAACUCUACCUGUCUGAAGUUGGCAGUGGCUGCCAAGCACAGAGACUUCAUAGCCCACACCUGCAGCCAGAUGCUCCUCACUGACAUGUGGAUGGGCAGCCUGAGGAUGGGUAAAAACCCAGGACUGAAGGUGAUAUUCAGCCUCAUUUUCCCACCUUUUAUCCUACUGUUGGACUUCCGUCUGGGUGAUGACGUGUCUCAUCAAGUCACUGCAAAUAGUGAGGACAGGAAGACCAAGGAUGAGGAUAAGUCCAGCCGGGAUGCCAAUGCAGAUGCAGCCUCUAAGAAAGGAGAUGAGGAGGAAGGUCUUAAGAAAAUGAGACGGAUUCCUAUUGGAACGAAGAUCUAUGAGUUCUACAAUGCCCCUUUCACCAAAUUUUGGUUCAAUACUAUUUCCUACCUUGGCUAUCUCAUGCUGUAUAAUUAUGUAGUACUGGUGAAGAUGGAGCGUUGGCCAUCCUUACAAGAGUGGAUCGUCAUUUCAUACAUCAUCACUUUGGGGUUGGAGAAAGUCAGACAGAUUUUGAUGUCAGAACCAGGCAAGCUCAGGCAAAAGAUAAACGUGUGGUUGGAAGAGUACUGGAACAUCACAGACCUGGCGGCCAUCUCGACCUUCUUGCUUGGGCUACUAUUUAGGCUGCAAAGUGAACCUUACAUGGGCUACGGCCGUGUGAUCUACUGCGUGGACAUUAUCUUCUGGUAUAUCCGCGUACUGGACAUAUUUGGAGUCAACAAGUACCUAGGACCCUAUGUCAUGAUGAUUGGGAAAAUGAUGAUUGACAUGCUGUACUUUGUGGUGAUCAUGUUGGUGGUCCUGAUGAGUUUCGGUGUGGCACGGCAGGCUAUCCUCCACCCAGACGAGGAGCCCACAUGGCGCUUGGCUCGCAACAUCUUCUACAUGCCUUAUUGGAUGAUCUAUGGGGAGGUGUUUGCAGACUCGAUAGACCUUUACGCAAUGGAAAUAAACCCCCCCUGUGGAGAUAACUUAUAUGAUGAGGAUGGGAAAAAACUUCCACCCUGCAUCCCUGGAGCCUGGCUGACUCCGGCCAUCAUGGCCUGUUAUUUGUUAGUGGCCAACAUCCUGCUUGUGAAUUUGCUCAUUGCUGUCUUCAACAACACAUUCUUUGAGGUCAAAUCCAUUUCGAACCAGGUGUGGAAGUUUCAGAGAUAUCAGCUCAUCAUGACCUUCCAUGACAGGCCUGUGCUGCCUCCACCAUUGAUUAUCUUUAGCCACCUCUACAUCCUUUUUCGCAAACUCUGCUGCCGCUGUAGCAAGAAAAAGGAGGGAGAACUGGAUGAAAAGGAUAAAGGAUUAAAGCUUAUUCUUACCUCGGAUGAGUUGAAGAUGCUGUAUGAGUUUGAGGAGCAAUGUGUGGAGGAAUAUUUCAGGGAGAAAGAUGAUGAACAGCAGUCCUCAAAUGAUGAGCGUAUCAGGGUUACAAAUGAAAGGGUGGAGAACAUGUCCAUGCGCCUUGAGGAGGUGAAUGAAAGGGAGAACACAAUGAAGGCCUCCCUUCAGACAGUGGACCUUCGUUUGUCCCAGCUGGAAGACAUUAAUGGCCGAAUGGUGAAUGCCUUGGAAAGACUGGUGGGAAUCGACCACGCCGAACUCACCCGGACACGCUCAUCGGCCUCCUCUAUUUGCGACCCCUCCUCUCUCCAACGUCACAGUAGCAUCAACAGUGCUGAUGGGUACAGCCUCUACCGCUAUUACCUGGGUGUUGAUGACCGUCUACCUGAGGAGAAAGAGGCAGAUCUGAGUAAAACAAUAAGCACUACAAACCUCAACACAAAGGAAUAUGGCCAGAAUCUAGAGGUGGAUAUUCCAGGGGUAAAAAGACGCCUUGGCUCAUGUGUGGACAUCCGAAUCUUCCCUUGUGAUAAGGGUGUUGAGGUUGAAGGGACAAAGCCAGAAUCACCAAAAUCUACAGUUCCUGAUAAGCAGACUUCUUCGGAUAGAGCCACACCGAAAGAAGCCUUGAUAAUGGAGAGAGCAAAACUUCAGGCGACUACCUCCUACCCUCUAGAAAAGGUGAAAGCUUUUAAAUACUAUCCCGGAGAAAUACAAACCACAUCCCCGUCCACUGUACGAAGGUGUUGGAGCACAAUCUCAUUUGAUCAAGCAAGUGGAAGGGAACCAAAUCAAGAAGGAGAAGGAAUGGGUGAGUCUCCAGCUACACGACGUUGGAGUGCUGGCUAUGAGUAUAAGGUACACCCUAGUCUUUUUGGUCAGACGCCAAAGGUAUCAAUGGUAAGACCCUUGGUAGAACAGAUUGACCAGUUUAACAACAGUUUCAAGAUAGAGCAACAUUCUGACCAGUCUGAGCAACAAAUGCUGAGAGUUUCUUCUAGACACAGUAUAGAUGAGACGGGAAUGCAAGACGGGGAGAAGACAAUGGACAGUUCAGGUGGAUCAGUGAAUCAUGAACGACGUCAGUCAAUUAUUGAAGAUGGGAUAAGAAAGGAUGAAGAGCUACACUCAGUGGGGACGACUGGAAGACAGGCAACGCUUGAUGUAGAUCAGGUAAAUCAGGAAGAAGGGAGUGAAAAUGUGGACAAAUGCCUGAAAGAUACUGAGCAGGAAGUGACAAAGGAACCAGAUGAUCCUGAAGGAGGUCUCGGAAAGGAGGAAAGUUCAGAGAAGCAAGACAGAGAGCAAACAAAGGAGAUACCAACAGGUGAAGGUCCCUUUGAUUCUGAAGUCCAAGCUGAUGGUAGCCAUCUGCUUCUGCCAGAAGACACAAUGUUCCUCCCUGGAAGAUCUAAAAGCUGGUCCACAAAACCUUGCAAGUCCUUAGGAAACAGCUUGAAAAGAGCCCACGAAUCAAGCAGUGAAAGAGACCUUGCUGGAACAUAUGGGGUCUCUCCUGAUGAUCCAGGUAAACCAGCACAGAAGACAGCAGACAAUGCACCAUCAAACGAACUGCAACCAGACGCCUCAGAGGGAGUCCAAUAAGAACAGAAAUUCAACAGACAAGAAUCACACACAUAUUAAAUUAUGUAUAUCCACCUAUAACACUAUAAACUUACAUUUGCAUUAUGCACUCAGGUGUCAUGAUCAAGUUAAAGGAGUAGCAAAUCUCUGAAGCCAUAGUAUCAAAUAUCCAUUAUUUGUGUGCUUGCACUUAAAGUAUUUCCAUCAUUAUAUGUAUUUAAGGUACAAAAUACAUUAUGUGACAGUAUGUAUCCCUGCUCACUGCUCUGGUCUUCAUUGUCAUUUAUAUAUUAUGGUUUAGAUGUUUUUGACUGGUAAAAUGACAGUAUUAUGACAAUUUAUGGGCUAAAAAGUAAGGCUAUGCAAACUGAACUAGUCAAAGGACAAAAUGAGUCUACCUCAGUGCAAAAUGUUUGGAGUUAGCAU